AUGUGCUGUCCAGGAUCCAGGUCGAGUGAGGCCAAAAACGCAAGCCUUCUAGCUACACGUUUUUCUGAUUUUACUGGUCGAGUCCAAAUUCGGUAGAAACAAAAAUGCCACGUCGAUAAAAUCAUUCGUUUUACUACCAUCAGCCUUUAUAGACGUUUUACCAAACUCAAGGUAGAACUUUGGAAGGAAUCAGAGAGUACCAAUAUUUAAACCCGUUGCCAUGGCGACUUGUCCACGAUUGGCCACAGCGGCGUAAGUACAAGAAAAACGUCAUCAAAUCUGAAUACGGAUGCAAGAUGCUCCCGCGAACUAGAACAGAGUGAUGCAAAAAAGUGUCGUUGAGGUGAGUGGACACAAGCAGGUGGAUCAAGAGCACAAAACAAACCCGGGAGGAAACCUUGGAGAAGCCUUUUUGUUAACAUCGAAUACAUUUAUUUUAUGAUUCCAUGGAUUUCUGGAUGCCGACAGCCAAGACGUUGCUCCGCGCCGAUUCGUGUGGCCCCAAUCCGAGGCGCGGUGCCCGUGUGGGAAGGUCGGCUCUCGGUUCCCUCCAGGGCGGAAUGAUGGUGCACUGCGCGGGGUGCGAGAGGCCCAUUCUCGAUCGGUUCCUAUUAAAUGUCCUCGACCGUGCAUGGCACGCCAAGUGUGUCCAAUGCUGCGAGUGUAACUGCAACCUGACCGAAAAAUGUUUCUCCAGGGAUGGAAAGCUCUAUUGCAAAAUUGACUUUUUCAGGCGUUUUGGUACGAAAUGUGCGGGCUGCUUGCAGGGCAUUUCGCCCAGCGACCUCGUGCGAAGAGCGCGCAGCAAGGUGUUCCAUCUGAACUGUUUCACGUGCAUGGUGUGCAACAAACAGCUGUCCACGGGAGAGGAGCUCUACGUCAUCGACGAAAACAAAUUUGUGUGUAAAGAGGACUAUACGAGCGCGAGCGCUAUCAAAGAGGUCAAUUUAAAUUCAGUGUCAUCGUGUACGGACCGGAGUUUAUCGCCUGAUCUCCCGGAUGCGAUCCAGGACGACACGAAGGAGACGGACAAUUCCACAUCCUCAGAUAAGGACACUAACAACAACGAGAACGAGGAGCAAAACUCGUGCACGAAGCGGCGGGGCCCGCGCACCACCAUCAAGGCCAAACAGCUCGAGACUCUGAAAGCAGCGUUCGUGGCGACGCCGAAGCCCACGCGACACAUCCGCGAGCAGCUCGCGCAGGAGACAGGCCUCAACAUGCGAGUCAUACAGGUGUGGUUUCAAAAUCGACGGUCUAAAGAACGCAGAAUGAAACAGCUCAGCGUUCUCGGUGCUCGACGACACGCUUUCUUCAGGGGACCACGCAGAAUGAGGCCACUUGGAGGAAGACUAGAGGACCCUGACAUAAUGGGCCCUGGAGGAUACAGCUACUAUGGAGAAUACCAAGGGGACUAUUACGGGCCAGUGGUCAACUAUGAUUUCUUCCCUCACGGACCCCCUUCCUCACAGGCACAGUCUCCAGCCGAGUCCCCGUACCUCCUCAGCUCGGGUUCAGGAGCCCUGGAGGGCGGUCCAGUCUCCGCUCUCCACCCCUCAGACGACCAAAGGUUCACGGACAUGAUCUCUCAUGCGGAUACCCCCAGUCCUGAGCCAGGCAUGACUGGACCUCUCCAUCCUAAUCCACAGGGGGAGGGUGGCUUCACAGGGGGUCCAAGUCCACCCUUCCCCCUGGCCAACAAUACCAGUUACAGCGGCCCCAUGUCCCAUCCUGGUCAAGAGAUGGGGGAGAACACUGUUUGGUAGGACAGCAAGAGGCAGGAAAGACUCUUAACAAAGGAAACAGAGGGAAUUCCAUCCAAACUGGUCUACCUAAGUGCUAAAGGUUACUGAGGGAAGAUUUACUGGCUGGUCAUGGACCAGAAUGAACCAAUAUUUGGACCAUAAACCUGAAAGGUGGAAAGACAUCAAGUGCAAAUGACCCUCUCUUGCGGUUUAGGUUCUACUGUCAAGGAAUGUGUAUUGUCAGUGGUCCUCUUGACCAAUCACAUUGGUUUGAUUCCGUUUCUUGAGUUUAAUACUAUAAUUGCGACAAUAUCUCAGAUGUUUGUCCAAGGGGUUUUCUACUGCAUUUGAUGGUCAGAAGUGAGCUAGAACUUAAAGGUAAAUCCAUUUUCAUUGUUUCGUUGCCGUUAGUUUCUUCCUUUUCUGAGAUCCCGAAGGCUUUAUGUUUUCUGUUCUGUCUUAAAACUGGUCCAUUUGUAACAUAUUUGGUUCAUUCAUUAACUGCUGAAUUGGUUCAUUAAACAUUUCAAUGAACACUCAGUAUACCGGUGUUCUGAUAAAUCUAUGCCUGUCAAAACCCACUUUGCACU